AUGGCAUCUAAGUUCAUCGCCCUUGUCUGCGCUCUCGCCGUAGCCCACGGCUCCGUGGUGCCCGUUGACAACGAAGCGUCCAGCUUCGAAUACGGCGUGGCUGACCCCAACACCGGCGACUACAAGAACCAAGUGGAGAGCCGCGUCGGUGGCAUCGUCCGCGGCCAGUACUCCCUCAUCGAGCCCGAUGGCACCAAGCGCAUCGUCGACUACACCGCUGACGAUGUCAACGGCUUCAACGCUGUUGUGCGCAAGGAAGCAGUCGGCAGCGUUGUUGCUGCCGCCGCUCCCGCCGCUCCUGCCGUAGUUGCUCCCGCGGUUGUCGCCGCCCGCUCCACCGUCGUCGCCCCCGCCGUUGCCUCGCCCGUGUACGCCACCUCAGCUCCUCUUGUCGCUGCCCGCUCAUACGCCCCCGCUGUAUACAGCAGAUCCUACUUGGCCCCCAGCGUGUACUCCCAGGCUUACUCUCCCUACUAUAACACUUACGGCACAGUCCCAGUCACCUAUUACUAA